CAUGGCGGACACGCUGCUCUUACGAGCUUUAAAAGGCGAGCCAAAACUACUUAAUUUAAGCAACAAAAAGCUCGACAAAGUUCCAAAAAUUAUUGGAAAACUAUGUACUGUUCUUCAGGUGCAAUUGAAAAACAACAAACUGAAAGAUCUUCCAAAGGAGUUUGGUAGUUUAGUGCAACUUGAAAUAUUAAAUAUUGGCAAUAAUGAACUGGACAGUUUACCUCAGGCUCUUCAGCAUUUAAUCAACCUGACUGUCCUGCAUGCGUUUAACAACAGGAUAAAAGAGCUGUCACCAGUAGUAAUAAGCAAUCUUAGACAGUUGGUUUUGUUAAAUCUAAACAGCAAUCAAUUAACAUUUUUGCCCACUGAAAUUUGUAGGCUAACCAGUUUGCAGAAUUUAAGCCUAGACAACAACUUGCUUGAGGAGCUUCCAUUUGAAAUAUGUGCCCUGACCAAAUUAAAAGAGUUGCAUUUGGCCAAUAACAGGCUGACUAGUCUGCCAUUAGAAUUUGGAUACCUGAUCAACCUAGAGAAACUAUACCUCCAGAAGAACAGAUUAAGAGAACUACCAGAGAGUUUGGGGAAAUGUUUCAAGUUGAGUACUCUAGAUGUUGCGGCAAAUGAACUCAGGAUAUUUCCGACAGAGUUGGCCAAGCUUCCCCUGAGAGAGUUGUACUGUGAAGCAAACCCUCUGCUGCAAAACCUACCUGUCCAUUCUGUGCAAGAAGAGGAAGUACUUACACUUAAGGAAAUGUGUGCCAGGCAAGUAAUGCAUGAGUUAAAGGACAGGUGGUCUUAUACCAGGAAGUCUAUAGAGCACUAUCCAGAGCUAAAGGAGAUGCUGUCCCAGUCCAGCAAGUGUGGAGUAUGUGGCAAUGCUUUCCUCAACACAUGGCUGGAAUGUGUCAAGUUUGUGGACAGCAAGGAGAUUGGUAUGGUGAAGACCCUAAGUGGUAGAAUUCCAGUGAGGACUUUGCUUUGCUCUUACAAAUGUUUCAAUGAGCCUGGCCAUGACUUAUAUGGUGUGGCUUUUCCAUAGCUGCCCACUGCAGUGCCAGUUAAAUAAUAUUGUCAGUAAACUACAGGAUACUGGCCACAAUAUAUUUGGAUAUAUAUGAUCAAAUAUUUUACUGUCUAAAUUUGUCCAGAUUAUACUAAAAAGAGUCAGCAUUUUACCAGGCUUGUGUGAAGGAAGGUGACACAUGGGAUUAAAAAAAAACUAUUUGGUUAUGUCUGGCAAUGUGACCCAUAUGCCAUUUCUAAUACCCAGAACCGUCCAGAAUAUGAAGGGGUGCCAUACAAAAAUAUACUGUACAUACAAAAAGUAACUUUUAUCUGAUCUCAACUAGAAGGAGAUGCAACACGUGUUUUCUGCUGAUAUUGUAUGAGAAAUAAUAUUCAAUGCAAAGAGAAGGAUAUCUGUGGAAGCUGGCCUUCUACUCACUUGUCAUUUAAAGAAAAUAUCAUUUGGUCAAAUUGUGCAAAAAAAUAUUUUUAGCAGUUUCAGGUGACAGAUGAUACUUGGAGGAAAAUCCAAUGCAUUUUCCCAACAAUAAUUUAAAAUAUUUAUUCUCAUAAAGUUGCAAGUAAUGCUUAUUUGUAAAUGAAAAAAAUGUAUUUAAGAUUCAUUUUUAUCUGCCACCUGUUAGUCAGUUUAAGAUGAAUUUAUAAUUAACCCUUACCAAAAUUGUAAGUACAUUUGUAUUAUUCUUAUACAGCAUCAUCAUUACAUAGUAUAUGUGCUUUGAGAGAAUUUUCUCCAUCAGUUUGUCAGUGUUAUGUUAUUAUGAUCAAGUUAAAUAAUUUUGUGCUGUUGAACAGCAGGUUACUGAAUUGUCCAGGAACUAUGUACUGUAUAAACAACUUAUUUUUAAAAUAAACAAGUCUUAUCAAUGUAGAUAUUUCAGU